UGAAUCUCAAGUUACAUGCCCUAUAAAUUGAACCAUUUAAUGAGUCUUUCUUAAUUCACACUGGAGCUGCUAGAACUCUGCACUGGACAACAAACCAGUUCUGGUUUACCUUUAGCUUUAAAUGAUGCUGCCUCCACAGCUGCACAAGAUCUUAGCAGUAGCUUUUUUCGUGCUCCCAUUCUGUGCUCAAGGUAAACCUGCAGGAUUUUUUCCACGAUUCCCUUUGAAGCUUUUUUUUGGAGAUGCGAGCAAUGAGCAACAAAUACCAGAUGUCACACCACUGCCUGGCAAUGAAAAUGAGGAUGAUAUCCGUGAACUAGAAUAUCGGAUUUCCAGACUGGAAGGAGUCCUUCGCUUGAACAAGAUGAUAACAGAGUCUGGAGGAAAAAUAUUUGCUACCAGUGGGAAAAGUGCUGAUUUUGAAGCUACAGUGGAAACAUGCAAAGAGGUUGGAGGCUCUAUUGCCACUCCAAGGAAUCCUGGCGAGAAUGAUGCCAUUCUGUACUUUGUGAGAUAUUUUAACACCUACGCCUACCUGGGGAUAAAACAAUCCCUUAUUCCAGGAAGAUUCCAGCUCCUGAAUGGUGCUCAGCUGAGCUAUACUAACUGGUAUUCAAACGAACCUUCUAGCAAUGGCGAGGAGGAAUGUGUGGAGAUGUACACUGAUGGCACUUGGAAUGACAAAAAGUGCAACAAGAAUCACCUUAUUGUCUGCCAGUUCUAGUGCUUCCCUUGCUGCUCUCUGGAAUAUGCUUCCCUGUCACUUGUCUCUUCAUUUGUAGCUAGUGAA